ACUUUCUUCGCAAAGUCAGAUUAUACGCGUCCGGCGCGCGCACGGAGCCCACGCGCUAGGCUGCGAGCCCUAGAUGACGCCGGCGGUGGCGGAGGGAGCGCCACCAGCCGCAGCGCCGGAGCGGGUCCUCGAGACGGAAUCCGAGGUCGACGCGUUCCGGCGCCAGGUCGACGACCUCGCCUCCAAGACCGACCUUCUGGAGAGGAGGGUGAACGAGGUUGUGGACUUCGACGGCAAGAAGCAUUGCAGCGGUGGGCGGAAGGCCGGCGGUGGCAGCAGGUACGGGCCGUACGGCGGUCACUCGAGGGGGCCGCCCGACCUUUUCCGCCUGUUCGGCGUCAUUCUGCGCGAGGUCACCUCCCGUGAUUGGGCUAGGCCAUUUAUGGAGCCGGUAGAUGUUGUAGCCCUUAAGCUCGAUGACUAUUACGAGAUUAUUUCCAAACCUAUGGACUUCUCUACUAUUCAAAACAAAAUGGAAGGCAAGGAUGGCUCCAAGUAUAACAAUGUACGAGAAAUAUGUUCUGAUGUUAGAUUAAUUUUUGCCAAUGCAAUGAAGUACAAUGAUGAACAAAAUGCUGUUCACCGAAUGGCCAAAAGAUUGCUUGAGAUAUUUGAAGAGAAAUGGCUCCAGCUUCUUCCUAAAGUUGAGAAUGAGGAAAGACGACAAAUGGAGGAAUCAAAGGAUGCCGUUGGCACGAACACUUCUCGAGAAGCAGCUAUUGCAAAAUUAGCAAAGGAUACCGAUGAUGAGCUGAGUGAGAUCAAUAAGCAGCUGGAGAAACUCCGGAAAAUGGUGGUCCAGAGAUGCAGGAAAAUAACCACAGAUGAGAAGAGGAAACUGGGUGCAGGCCUCUGGCACUUGUCUCCAGAAGAUCUUAGCAAGGCACUAGAAAUUGUUGCACAAGACAAUCCUAGCUUCCAAACCAAAGCAGAAGUAGUGGAUCUCGAUAUGGAUGCCCAGAGCGAGACAACCCUCUGGAGGCUGAAAUUCUUUGUGAAGGAAGCGUUGGAGCGACGGGCCGACGUUGUCCCCGGGAAGGUGGACGAAAACGCAAAGAGAAAGAGGGAGAUAUGCGAUGCUCUGGCCAAAACCGCUUUGAAACGAAUCAAGAAGCAGCCCUAGUGAGCUACCAGAUCUUUGGACUCGCGAGCGUUUCUGGUUGUUCAGAAUGUUUUGUGGUAGGGAGUAGCCACUAGCCUGUUGAAACAAUUUCCAACCUUUUGCGUGGAGUUGUGUAUAUAGUAGGCAUCACUGCCUUGUGAAACAAUUCCCCCCCUUCUGCUCUGUUCAGGAGAUAUAAAGAGAAUAGCUCAUCAGCAAA